AUGGCUAAUGAGGGUUACUGGCUUGUUGGAGUUGGAGAGACACCAAAGCUUGGUCCUGGAGACAUAUAUGAGCCCGGAAAGGGUGAAAUAUUGAUACAGGUUAAAGCCGUAGCAGCUCAACCUGGAGAAUGGAAAAUGCAAGAGGGCCUCAUUCCAAUCAAACUCCAAUAUCCCACCAUUAUUGGCCUUUCUGCCUCUGGUAUCGUCAAAAAGACGGGUCCAGGAGUGACUCGAUUCCAGCCAGGUGAUCGCAUCUUGACAAAUACUACGGGCGUCCUGCGAAAUGAUAGUCGCUUUGGGGCCUAUCAGAAGUACUGUCUUGCCCCAGAAAACUUGGUUUCAAAGAUCGGCAAUGUGCCAUAUGAUGAAGCUGCGAGCCUUGCGACGUCUUAUGCAGCAAUGAGUGCUCUGGUCCUUCAUCUCGGGUUAAACAAGCCGCAAAUACCAAGUGCUAUUUCGACCGGCGAAAAGAUUCUUAUUUGGGGAGUAUCUUCGUCAAUGGGAAUGUUUGCUGCACAGCUGGCAAAACACGCUGGCUACGAAGUUGUAGGCGUUGCAUCUGGACGCCAUCAAGAGCUAGCAGCGCAAUAUGGAAUCGCUCAUUUCGUGGACCGUACAGCAGCAGACGUUGUCACUGUAGCCUCUUCAUUGGGUCCGUUCAAGGCUGUUUUCGCAGCGGCCGAUUCCGCCGAAGACCAAGUUAAAAUCGGUGCAAUUUUAGCCGCUUUGGGAGGAGGCUCUUUUUUGACCACAAUGGGAGUCCGGGCUGGAGUACAAUUACCCAAAGGUGUCACUGGGUUUUUUAGGCAAUAUCUUGAUGACUACUUGGACGAAAAUAAUCGUGAGUUCACGGAGUGGUUUUGGUGGAACUGGCUAGAAGCUGCCUUGGAACAGAAACAGCUCAAGUCUAUUCCUCUUACAGUUGUUGGGGGCUUAGAUAAAACUGGAGAGGCCUGGAGAAUGUUGAAGCAUGGUGAAAAUCACGGCACUAGGUUGAUUAUCGUGCCACAAUGA